AUGCGCAUCAAUCUCAUCGCACUCGUAGCUUUUGCAGCUUCCCUAGCGUACCCUGGGCACCUCUCCGGGGUAUCAGGCUUCUCUGAUUCUAAUGUCGACCAUCCGGAUCCGGCGCAUGGCAGCCACGACGUUGUCCUUGCUCGCAGACGAUUGCGGGCGUCGGGGAUAAGGGAUGGCAUCGGGGCAGCGGCCCGCGUUUUCUAUCAUAUAACCAAGGCGGUCCCGGGAUCCGUCGUCGCGUCAAUGCCUCGGGUUAGCGUCAGGUCCAAGAAAAAGUCUACUAACGAAAAGGAACUGCUCGCAGAGCUGUCGAAAGGAGUCAAAGCGAGCCGAUUUUUUGGUUUGAAAUCGCAACUGCGCUCGUACAAGUCCAAGUACAGCAUUGACGUGCUAGCAAGUGGGCUACAAAAAGCCAAAAAUGACAAAGACCUUGCCACCAGUACGCGUGCACGCGAUCUACUGGGCGACUUAUUGGAAUACUGGUGGAUGAAAAAAAUGCCCAUCGAUGACGUGGCAGCCUCCCUGAAGAUAUUCAAAGACCCUAGUCUUCCCGGGGAAAGCGACUACCUGAAGAUAAAGGUGCUACGCGCCUUUAUUGCGCGCUCGCACUCGGAGGACAAGAUCUAUCCUGUCCUCUUUCAGACGCUGCAGGGCAUAUUUGGCGACCUCGAAUUGGCGGCUAUCUUGAUGAGAUCGGCUAAGUAUGCCGAUGCGCAAAAAUUGAUGGGACUUUUGAUGCAGAAAUGGAAGGGGUACAAGUUGGAUGCCGAUGGAGCAUUUAUGAUGCUGGCUUUGAAAGACAAGGGAACGCUGGUCUUUAACAGCGCCGAACUGCUGAUAGUGGAGCAGUACGCGAAGGCGCUUGGACAUGAAAACGCGCUGAGCGUUUUGACGAAAGGUUUUGGUGGUGAAGGUAACUUCGCAAAGCUUGUUUAUGAAGCCCUAGUCUCUACCGAGAGUCCGAAGGCCGGUGACUAUCUGAAAGCGUUGCUGCGGCAUUGGAAAGCGGAAGGGAUCAAGUCGGACGAGCUGUUGAGUACCAAAUUCUCGGAGAUGCAUCCAACGAAAGACAAGGAAAUGAUGAGAUCCAUCAAGGCGGUGUACCGCAAGCAUUAUGAGGAGAGGGUUACUUUGCAAAGCUUGUUUAUGAAGCCCUAG